CAGCUCGGACCUUAUAAACUCUCCAUCCCAAAUCCUGGAAUAUCAGACCGAGAAUAAUGAAAUCGGACAUAAUGUGGAUUUAUCAAGCUCUUCUGUGCGUCUUACUUUCUGUGGAUGUGGAGUGCAGGAAACAGACAUUGCAAAGGUAUCAGAAAAGUGAAAACAGCCGGCUGCUUUGUACAGACUGUCCAGAAUCUCCUCGAAGUAGAAAUCUCUCACUGGAUGACUGCGCACGCAAAUGCAGCAAGAGCAAGAAGUCCUGCAGGACAUUCUACUUUGACCACAUAAACAGGAAAUGUCACUUGCUUCCCUUCGACCGUUUCUCUGAAGGCGCAAAAAGAGAGCGAAAACCCAAUUAUGACCUUUAUGAGAAGAAAGAUUAUGUGAGAGAGUGCAUCAUUGGGUCAGGUGUCAACUACAAGGGAAGAAGGUCAUUCACAAAGACUGGAAUUACGUGUCAAGCCUGGAAUAUGUCCAUCCCACAUGAACACAAUUUCAAGCCUGCAAGGCACAAAAAGUUUGACCUGCGACAGAACUUCUGCCGAAACCCAGACAAUGAUCCAAGUGGACCCUGGUGCUUCACUGAACUCACUGAGACUCGGCACCAGGAAUGUGGGCUGCCCCUGUGUUCAGAAGUGGAGUGUAUGAAGUGUAAUGGGGAAACAUACAGAGGGCCCAUGGAUCACACAGAGAGUGGGAAAGAGUGCCAGAGAUGGGACUCACAGAAACCUCAUAAACACACCUACCAGCCUCACAGGUAUGUAGGUAAAGGCCUGGAUGACAACUACUGCCGCAAUCCCAAUAAUGACGUGCGUCCGUGGUGUUACACGAUGGACAAAAACACACCAUGGGAGUACUGUAUAAUCAGUGUGUGUGACUCCGAUAAUGAUGUGGAAGUGGAGGUGACCACCUCUUGUUUUCAGGGUCAGGGAGAGGUUUACAGGGGUACAGUCAAUGUGACCCCUGCAGGUGUGACCUGUCAACGCUGGGACGCCCUCUUUCCUCACAACCAUUCAUACACACCGCACAACUAUAAAUGCAAGGAUCUCAGGGAGAACUUUUGCAGAAACCCUGAUGGCUCUGAAAUUCCCUGGUGUUUCACAACAGACCCAAAAGUACGCAAAGCUUUCUGUACCAACAUCCCCAGAUGUGAGUCAGAGAGCUCUGACAGCACAGAAUGUUAUGAAGACAAUGGGGAGAGUUACCGUGGUAAUUUGUCGAAAACAAGAUCUGGUAUUCCUUGUGGGCUGUGGUCCGACCACACAUUCAGGAGAGACACGCAGUCAGCGAAGGCCAGCGCGGGCUUAGAGUUGAACUUGUGCAGGAAUCCAGACCGAGAUAAGCACGGGCCAUGGUGUUACACGUCCAACUCCUCCAUUCCCUGGGACUACUGUGGACUAGAGCGAUGUAAAUCAGUGUCAUCUGAUGACCAUCAAAAGACAGGUGAAGGACCAAAACCAUCUUGUUUUAUACACAAAACCACACGGAUUGUUGGGGGGAUGCAGGUACAGCGGGCAGAGGAUGGAAGCUGGGUGGUCAGCAUUCAGAAAGGGAACAGACAUUGGUGCGGUGGCUCUCUCAUCAGAGAGGAAUGGGUUCUGACUGAUCAGCAGUGCUUCUCUACCUGCGUUCCUGACCUCUCGGAGUACACCGUGCAGGUGGGGCUUCUUCAUCUUAACGCGUCCUCCGGCACACAGGGUCUCCGGAUCGCACAUGUGGUCUGCGGGCCUGAGGGAUCCAACUUGGCCCUGCUCAAACUCACAACGCCUGCCCCUCUCUCUGAGCAUGUGCGAACUGUGCUGCUUCCUGUCGCAGGAUGUGCUGUUGCAGAAGGCACCUACUGCCUCAUGUAUGGCUGGGGAGACACUAAAGGCACAGGUCAUGAGGGCAGUCUGAAGUUGGUGAGGCUUCCGAUUGUCAGCAACAAGAGGUGUUCUCAAAGCCACAAGGGUAUUCUGCCCAUUACAGAGACUAAAAUCUGUGCUGGAGGCAAGAGAGACCAAGGUGUUUGUGAGAAAGACUACGGUGGCCCAUUGGUGUGCCAGGAAAGCGAGAGCAAGGUCAUAGUGGGUGUGAGCAUCAACGGCCGCGGAUGUGCCGUCGCCAGGCGUCCUGCCGUCUUCGUCAACGUGGCCUUCUACUCUGAAUGGAUCCGCAAAGUCUUCAAAUACUAUUCAGACAUGGAAAUAAGUUCCUAGAUUAUUAUAUUUUCCACAGAUGUGGUGACUAGAACUCAUGGUGCAUUACGGUUUUUAGCAUCUACAGCAUAUGAAGACCACGGUUGCUGUAUGAUUGGUAUACAAACAACUUGGAGGUCAGAGUUUGGUUUGUUUUUUAGCUUAAAUUAAAACCACUAGUACGGAAAAGGUGCAAGACUAUCUGAUGUUUUUGCAAACAAACUGCAAAAAUCUGACAUCAGACAUGAUUUUUUUAAACCAACAAAUGGAGGAAAUGACAACUUUUAAACUCUCUGGGAGAUUGUUGUGGCUGGUGAUUUAGCCCUCAUAAAUGAAGGACAGAUGGAUAAAUGAAGAAAGAAAAACAAUUAGAAGAAACUGGUGUUAAUCCACAUGAACAUAUUUGUCUCAGAGCAGAAGUUGUUCUAAAUGUCAUUCCCUGGAGAUACUUGAAGAUGGCAAUAAGUCGACAUUUUCAGACAGGACGGAGCUUUUGUUUUCACUGGGGUGCAUUUUUCAGACAUUAUAACUUGUUCACAUCUGAAUUUUCUUCAAUGUACGUCAUUUUAAAGGUUUAAGGUGCAACAUAUAAGGACAGUGUUCCAUAUCACUGUUCCCAAAACACCAUUUUCAACAUCAACCACUUCAGCUGUCUUCACCGCGGUUGGUAUACAUGCUUGAAUGGGAUGUUAUCACACACCACCAGAAGGGUUCAGUGACAUUCUAAUGUUUUGCACCUUGCCUUACUCCAGUUUGGAGCAUUCUGUGGCCCCUUUGGGGCUGUUUCGUGUACUGCACUCCAAAGAGUGUGCUAAUGUCACUCUGUACAUCCAUAGGUCUUAUAGAUCUGAAAUUACAAACAUC